CCCCGUCCCGCGCAGCCCGGAAGUCUCUGGACCGAGAUACACUGCUGUUGCGAAGGUUUCCCGGGUUGUUAAAAUCCAGGUUACUGUGCUGUAGACACCUAGGUGAUGCAGUUUUCCCAUCUGAAACGCUUCGCGGAGGCCCCUGUCAAGCCCUGAGUAGUUAGAGUUCUGUGGCUCUUGGAGAUAGAAGACACAGAAGAUAAUCUCAAUGAUUACCAAGCUGUAUUUAAAGCAUCAAGGAGAGGAUGACAGCUGACCAUUCAAAUUCAUACUAAAACCUACGUCCUUACUUGACAGAGGCUUUAGAGACUAUGAUGCCAGCAGGCUGAUCUACAUUGUCCACUGUUAAAUAUGAACAUUUUCCCAGGACUACUUUCAAGUCACAGCUUAUUUAUCUUCCUCCUUAAGACACAAAAUCUCUCUACUGUGCUAAUCAAGACUCGUCAGGCUGGUUCUGCUUGGAUCAUCAGUGACUUCUUUCUUCACUUCAGUGCAGCCUACAGAGUCACCAAUGGAGCUGAGAGAACUACUGCACUGCACACGUCCAUCUCCACAGGGCUCUUCCUCGCCAGUCAGCAAUGUAUCCGAUAGCUGUGGUGAGGGCCAGGAAAAAAGCUUGUGUGCGGCCCUGGGUUAUUGGCCUCAUCAUCUUUUUAUCCCUGAUUGUGCUGGCAGUGUGCAUUGGACUCACUGUUCAUUACGUGAGAUACAAUAAAAGGAAGACCUACAAUUACUAUAGUAUGUUGCCAUUCACAAGUGACAAAGUAUAUGAUGAAUUUGGAAGAGAGGGUUCCAAAAAUUUCACAAAAAUGAGCCAGAAAAUUGAACUAAUGUCAAGAGGAACAUGGACUGUUGGCUCAUAUGCUGCUCAUUUUUAAAAUUCGUUCUACUGAAGAUCCUGAAACCAUUAAUAAAAUUAUUCAACAUGUUUUACAUAAAAAGCUGAAAAAUGCAGUAGGACCCCCUAAGGUUAAUCCUGAUUCAGUUGAAGUUCAAAAAAUCAACAAUACAGAAUCAGACAGCUAUCUGAACAAUUGCUGUGGGACUCGAAGGACUAAAUCUGUGAGAGAGAGUGUCAGGAUUGUUGGUGGGACAGAGGUAGAAGAAGGAGAGUGGCCGUGGCAAACCAGUCUGCGGUGGGAUGGGGUCCAUCGCUGUGGAGCAACUUUAAUCAAUGGUUCAUGGCUUGUGAGUGCUGCUCAUUGCUUUCAAAUGUAUAAAAACCCAGGCAGAUGGUCUGCUUCCUUUGGAGUAACAAUAAAUCCUCCAAAAAUGAAAAGAGGCCUCCGGAGGAUAAUUGUCCAUGAAAAAUACACACACUCAUUGCAUGAUUAUGAUAUUUCACUUGCAGAGCUUUCUAGCCCUGUUCCUUAUACAAAUGCAGUACAUAGAAUUUGUCUCCCUGAUGCCACCCAUGAGUUUCUCCCAGGGGAUGAAGUAUUUGUGACAGGAUUUGGAGUAGUACAAAAUAAUGGUAACACUCAGAAUCAUCUUCGGCAAGUACAAGUCAAUCUAAUAGACACUAAAACUUGCAAUACACCCCAAGUUUACAAUGGUGGUAUAACUCCAAGAAUGUUAUGUGCUGGUUCCUUAAAAGGAAAAAGAGAUGCAUGCCAGGGUGACUCUGGAGGACCUUUGGUUAGUGCUGAUGCUAGAGAUAUCUGGUACCUUGCUGGAAUAGUGAGCUGGGGAGACGAAUGUGGGAAACCCGACAAACCUGGUGUUUAUACAAGAGUGACUGCCCUCCGGGACUGGAUCACUUCCAAAAUUGGUAUCUAAGGGAAAACCAGUGCAAAGAAACUGUUCCUUAUAUAUGUGAUAAGUCAUUUUUAGAGAUGCAGAAUUGCAGAAGAAGCCUUAAAAAUCACACGGAUCUGGUCCAUCUCACUAAACUCUCUCAUUGGUGCUUACUUUUCCAUCCUAGCUCUUCACUCCAUGUGAGCAUCUUGUGUCUGCCAGAUGCAUUUGCCCAACUUACAUUCAUAUAUUUUCAGGAAGUUUUUUAUCAUCAGAAUUUUGACUUGUUGAUAUAAUUUUUUUGUGCAAAUACACAAUUUGAAGCAAUGCCUUUCUUUGUUUUCUCAGCUUCUCUCAUCUCAGUAAAUUUUCAAUUUCAAGGUUAGGUACAAGAAGUGAAAGAAAACAUAAAAAGUAUUUUUUAAUGUAUGGAAAAAGUAUGAGGCAUUUUUCCUUUGUGGUAUAUGGAAAAUGAUCAUAUUCAUGAUGAAAGGCCAAAUAAAGAGAAAUAGCAACUACUCAACACCUCAUGAUGGAGAAAGAAUGGAAACUGACUUAAGGAAAUAUAGAGAGAAACCAGUGUGUAGCUUUAUAAGUCUCUAUGACUUUAUAAGUUUCAGAUGACUACCAAGGUAAAAAUGAAAACAGUUCUGUUUUCUUAUGAGUGCAUAAUUAUACAAACUGUAUGUAAUGUGCUUGUUUUGAGUAAGUUAAAACGAACAAUAUUUAUUUAACAUGACACUCCUGAGAAUGUUGACAUAUAACAGUGAAAUGAUUUAGUCAUCUAUUUGCUUGACAUUAUAAUAUAAUCUAUGAAGAUGUAGACGAUGUGGAAAAUGUUAUCAAUCAAUUGACUGAAAAGUCUUGAAAUUUGAGACUAGAAUGAAAAUUUAUUAAAGAACAAUUAGCAUAUCUUAUGUGGUAAAAAUUGUAUGGUUGAAGAGGAGAGAAUGAAGACAGAAUCAGCCCAAACUAUUGACUGAAAUUGGGUUGACUAAUGGUAUCACCAAAUGCCUGUGCAUCUCAAACUUUCCUAUGCUGCAAAAGUUUAAAGGGAAUAAGGCCCAGUAAUUAGCACAUAGCUGUAGUCAUGCAGUUCAAGCUGGGCUCUGUCCUCAUUUUGAGAGAUGGCAGACGUGCUUCCCUAUUUCCAGUCUGCCCAUGGCCAGUGGUCCUGUUAGACCCUCCUGGCUUGAGAAGGGAGGGUAUCACAGGACAGACGCCCUGCAGCCACCUCCAUGAUGCAUCUACUGUAAUACUGAAUUGCUGACUGCUUGGAUACAGAGAGGAGAAGAAAAGCUUUGCAUGGGCCAACUUCAUGAUUUUAGUCUUGGUAGAUUAUUCUGAGCCCUUAGAGACAAAAUGUUCAAGUGAUCGGACCAAACUAAAGUUAGAACUGGUGCCAUGGCAAAUGAUAUGUUAAUGAUGAGAUGCAGAAGUCUUUCACUUGACCUUUCUUCAUUUUACAGAACAUGCAAAUGACCUGAAAAACAUUGGCAUAUGCAUUGAUUAGAUUUAGACAUGUCUAAAAUAAGAUUUGAAAACUGAUAUAAAUUAACAGUGUUGAAUAUUUUACAUAAAACCUUUAAAUUCCACUUAAUAAAAUGUUCUGGGGAAAUUGAGAGAAAUGAUUAAUUUAAAACAAGAAUAUAGGCACAUUUCAAACUUUCAGUGUUCUAUUAAAACUUGAGUGCCAAGUAUAUUCUGAAAUUUGACUGUUAGGUGAGACCCUCUGAACUCUAAGAAGGUAUAAGGAAGAAUGGAAAUCUGGAUUGAAGAAUAUCUUCAAGUAAUAAUAAAAACUGUAGUAGAAAUUCUGAAUUAGAGUCUUGUAAAAGCAAAGAAUACAAUUUAUCUUUCAAAAUACAUUUAUAAACGAAUGCAUGAUACUGCUAUUAUUAGCAUGAUGUUAGCAUCAUUAGUAUUUUCCAGAUUUCUGGGAAUUAGAUUCCAAACUCAAAUAAAAUUUAUGGCCCAUUAUUUGAGAAACUCCCAUACAAACUUGAAAAGAUUUAAAUUAAAGAGAAAUUCUUGAAUUUUUAUUUUACAGUAGCAUUAUAGUCCUUGGAAAAAUAUUUUUGGUAUUUCUAUCUAGAAAAGAUUUAAAAAUUAGAGGUUUGAGUCAGUGAAGAUAAGAGCAGUUAUUCAAACUUUAUUUGCAUAGGGAAGUAAUGCACACUCAUAUUCUUACAAUAGUAAUUUAUUUUGAAAAAUAAUGUAUUAAGAUUUUUAGUAUUCUUGAGCAUAUCUGUGGUACCUUUUUUUUUCCAGUUCUAGAGAUAGAACUUCGGUCUUUCAAACUAAGCUACAGCCCCAGCCCUUUAUUAUUAUUAUUAUUGUUGUUGUUAUUAUUAUUAUUAUUAUCAUCAUCAUCAUCAAGACAGGGUCUUGCUAUGUGGUUCAAGCUUGGCUUGAGCUCACUAUGUAGCCCAGGCUUGCCUCAAACUCAUGGUG